AGAUAUCAAAGACAGCUGUAAGGGCUCCUGACAUGAGAAAUUCCUCCGACCACGUGGAAGGCUCGAGUCGCGUCUCAUGAGCUCAUGCAUAAAUCUAUGUACAUCACCAUUAGUAAGCAGCAUAGUUCUCAAUUAAACUCGCGUCACGGGUCGACGCGUCUCCAGAUCGAGUUUCGUGAAGCUUCAGGCUGCCCGCUCAAGAGCUUCAAUUCAACUUUAUCAACCACAAAUUGAUUUGGCAUAACCUACGUCCAUUCAAUUUGCAAUGGCUCUUUUAGUCGACAAGUUACGCCCGAAAUCCCUCGACACACUAUCAUAUCACCAUGAACUCUCCGAGAGAUUACGAUCCCUAGCCCAAAGCGGCGACUUCCCACACCUCCUGAUGUACGGUCCCUCGGGCGCCGGAAAGAAAACACGCACAAUUGCAACCCUGAAAGAACUGUACGGCCCGGGCGUGGAAAAGAUCAAAAUCGACAACCGAGUCUUCCAAACAACCAGCAACCGCAAGCUCGAAUUCAACAUUGUCUCCUCCGUCUACCACCUCGAAAUCACCCCCUCCGACGUAGGGAACUAUGACCGAGUCGUCGUCCAGGAAUUGCUCAAGGAAAUCGCGCAGACACAGCAAGUUGACCUUUCCGCGAAGCAGCGCUUCAAGGUUGUCGUUAUCAAUGAGGCGGAUCAUCUGUCGCGCGAUGCGCAGGCGGCGCUGAGACGCACCAUGGAGAAAUAUAGUCCGAAUCUGCGAUUGAUUCUGCUUGCGAAUAGUACGUCGAAUAUCAUUGCGCCCAUUCGGUCGCGAACGCUGCUUGUCCGGGUUGCCGCGCCGAGUGAGGAGGAUAUUUGUGCUGUGCUUGGGAAUGCGGCGAAGCGGGAGGGGUGGACGGAGGCACCUGUGCUUAAUAAGAGGAUUGCGAAAGAGAGUGGAAGGAAUCUGCGGAGGGCGUUGCUCAUGUUUGAGGCUAUUUAUGCUCAAAGUGAGAAAGUAUCAGAUAAGACACCGAUUCCUCCACCGGACUGGGAGGCUCUUAUCUCGUUAGUCGCAGAGGAGAUUCUCGCAGAGAGAUCGCCCGCUCGGUUGCUAGCAGUCCGUGCUAGGCUGUACGAUCUGUUAACUCACUGUAUUCCGCCAACGACGAUUCUCAAGACGUUGACAUUCAAACUCAUCGCCAAGGUUGACGACACUUUGAAGCCCGAAGUAAUCAAGUGGUCCGCGUUCUAUGAGCACCGGAUCACACAAGGCAGUAAAGUGAUCUUCCAUCUUGAAGCGUUUGUUGCUAAGUUCAUGCGUAUCUAUGAGAGUUAUUUGAUGGGCAUGGAUUUCUAGGUGUUGAUUGUACCAAUAGUCGACGAUUAAUGACAACAAAAUACUCUCUUAAUAGCCAGUGAAGUAUAUUUUAUAGACACUCCGCUAUCUCCCGUCGACCUAUCAAGAGCUUGACCGGAAUUGGUCCUCAUACCUACGCACUACCAAGUACUAGGUCACCAACGUCAACGGUCGUACCUAUAGUGCACCAUACGGUAUCACCUUAUCCAUGAUAAAUUUAACCCCUUCACCCCGGUAAUUAUCGUCCUCAAUCUCCGACCCAUACCCACUGAAGACCAUACUCUUUCCCUCGCUCCCAUACUCGGGCCAGAAAGGCAGCGCGCUUUCU